AGUUUUACGUAAAUGCAAUUUGGCUGGCUAGCAGCCAAGAUAAGAUAGUCGGCAGCGGGGUGUCGUGUUACGACCGCUCUCGACUACCCUUAAUUAUAAUUACCACCACUCAACCGAAGCUCUGCCACCGACCGCGACGGCCAAAGAUAUGGUGGCCAACACCGAUCAUCAGCCUACUACACGCAAAAACUUUACGUGCAAAGGCUGGAAUUUUGACGACCUCGUCGGACAGCAUGGUCUCAUCGCGGUACCUCGAGUCUCGGCAUUGACUGGUAGGGACAUUCUCUCAAGAACGAUAGGGCUUCAUGAGAAGAAUGGGGUACCACUCGUAAUCCAGGACUUCCACAAACACCCGGAUUGGCCUACAGAUUUGUUCGAUCCAGAUUGGCUGAUUUCCUGUGGGCUUCAAGAGAUAUCUGUCAGGAACAUUCACAAUGGCGAAGAUAAAACCAUUUUUCUUUCAGACUUUAUCCUCACCUCCCGUAAGAUCUCACCGUUCACCCAGGUAGAUGAACCCGAACGACUGUAUGGGAAGGAUGCCCCAUGUCCUGACAGGUGGAAGGAAUGGCUGAGUUCCGGGGCAAUUCCUCGUCGUCUUUUAGAGGACAGUCAGUCGAACCUUUUGACCAACCUACCCGACGAAGUCAGUUCUCCUGUUACCGCUCCUUCGUGUCGCCUCUUAAUAAAGAAAUCGAAACGCACAGCAACGAGUAGAAACCUUGAUGUGUUAUCUCGGGGUGGGAGAUACCUUCACUCCGAUACAUAAAGACCUCUGCGCAUCAUCGGGCCAAAACCUCAUGUGUUUCACGGAGAACGGCGGUUCUUCGUUCUGGUUCAUGACCGACAGCUCCUCCACACGCGAGCUAACCAACCAUUUCCUCGCUCUCAACAAAGUUUUAGAUCAUGAAACUCAUAUCAUGUCGCUGGAAGAGGUGGCAGAUGCAGCUACCCAUGUUCCAAUUUAUGUUAUUGAACAGCGUAUUGGAGACUUGGUACUGGUUCCCCCGAGAAGCUAUCAUCAAGUCGUGAACGCUGGAGGAUUCACGAUCAAAACCUCGUGGUCUCGUGUGACGUUACAGGGACUGCAGACCGCCCUUUAUCACGAGCUACCACUUUAUAGAAGAGUUUGUCGGCUCGAGACCUAUCGCAUCAAAUCUACCAUCCAUCAUACUGUCUUGCGAUGGACAAAAAACGUACUCGGGCAAGAUUGCAAGUCUGAUCAAAAUUCAGUAUUGAUGGCCAAGUCACUGGCGAUCAUCUUGAGUGCCUUUGACAGUGUCUUACUUGACGAAUACUGUCCACGGUAUGCUCAAUUGGAAACUGUUCAGCCUAAGUGCUCCCUUGCCACAGAACCUGAGGUCCAAUGUGAUUUUUGUGGUGCUGAUAUAUUUCAAAGUUUCUUUUAUUGUGGAGAUUGCGUUCAAGAGGCACCAAAUGAGAUCGCAGAUGGGUUCAUACUCUGUCCUGGGUGUUACGUCGAAGGCCGGACUUGUAAAUGCGGGUCGCUGAAACCUUCACAGUGGCGCGCCUUUGAGACACUUUUGGCAGCAAGGCGAGCUGCUCAUGCUGCCUUACACAGUUAUUGGGAACGCAACACGACUUUGAAACAAGUCCCGUUGCGAGAGGAAAGAGAUCUGCUCCACACGUCUUCGAAGAAGGGCAUCUUCUCUGCCUGCAUCCUGUUAGUGGAGAGGCGGAAAGCAUUCAAGCCGAAGGAUGCGUUGAGAAAAUGUUCGACUGGCUCCCUUUCUCACGACAUCCCUCUUGAUGAAUGGGUUUAUUGCAAAGAAUGCCACCGCGCACGCUGUUUCUCACACAUGCUUUAUGCCUACGACAUGCAUGCAGUGCAGAUCUUACAUGCGCUAACAGACGAGAAAUCUGUACAUGAACGGCACAAGACCAGCAAAAUAAAUUAUCAUCAAAAGUGGGAGCUCUAUGAGAAACAAGAAAAGGAAGGAAAGCAACCGGAAGAUAUUCAGCUCAGUGAUCUUGCUCAGACAUUUACAACGUGCAAACCACUACACCCCGGUUUUGUCAGGCCAGGCUGGUACGACGAGAAUAUUGAGAUAAUCCGGAGUACAGAAGGAAAUUUAGACCAUCUCAAACAAAAGUACUACAACCUUACGGCAAGUGUGUCGGAUCGAUCGAGGCCACUUUCCAAGGUGUCUGGAGGAGGCAACGAGAACCGAAAGAGGUUGUUCCUGGACUGUGUCAUGCUGGAAACACAGACAAGGGGUGUCGAUUCCCGAAAUGCCGCGUCGUCACGCUCAGCAACAUCCGAGGUAUCCGACGGGGUGGAAGAUGAAUCGACAAACUGUUCACUUUUCGAUUCGCCUAUUCAGUCCACACAGGAAGGUGUUCGAAAACGUCGCAAAACUACAUCCCAUGCUCUACCUUCCAAUUCUGAAUUCGCGAGGGCACUCGAUUCCAACAUUCAAACCACUGACACCAAAACGAUCAUUCAUCGUCAUCGUCUUAAACAGCCUGAAAACAACGAUCGAAGGAAGCAGCGUUCUGCUGAAGAAACUCACCUUAACGGAACGCCCCCAUCUUCUCAGGAGCUCUGAGCUGAACUUUCUAGCUAUGACCUUUGGAAUUUUUUGAGUCUCUACAGGACGACUGUCGGAAGUCUAACACCCCCCUCUCGCAUCACAUUGUGUCCAAGGACCUCGACCGUCAGCGAUUAAGUCACAGUGGUAAUCCAUGUCUCAGCCCGCCUGAACCUCAGAUCAUCUUCUUUCGCAAACCCCUUCCCCGCCGGCUUCUUUUUUUCAAGUAGGACUCGCCAUUGGUUGCUCUUGUGCAGCUAGUCUAUGCCCUCAUUUUCCGGUCUCUUAUUACUAUUUACACUCCU